AUGUCUACCCCUUGCGCACUUCCCCGGACGGCUCCCAUAGCCAUUGCGCCAAAACCGCCACGCUUCCCUCCGAGUCGUCAGAGCAGCAUACACCUAGAUUCCUUCCGCAGCGGCUUCAACUCGCCCGACUCGGACUCUGUGAGCGGCUUUUCAGCACCGCCCUGCGAGGCCUGCCUCAACCGGAGGACUGACUGCGCCAUGGGCGAAGAAGAAGAGAGCUGUGUUGCUUGUCUUGUAGCAGGGACAGAGUGUUCAUUGAUCGACAGCCCCGCGCCACGGAAACGCAAACUGAACGGGGACCUCGAAACCAGCAGUAGCAAAAGAAGUUCCCCUGGGCGGUCUGAUAUCAGGAGGCGGCGGCAUCAGCAGCACAGCUUCUCGUGCACAACGACCAGCAGCUCCCUAAUUGAGGAGAUGGCGAACUUCGGGGGCCCGACAUUGUUGAAGCGUACACUCGGCCUCCAAGCAGACCGAUACAGUCAGUAUAUCGGGCCCACCACCGACUUUGAGCCAUCCCUCAUUAGCCUUUCCCCAUUCGACCCGCACGACGAAAGCCUCCUCGCGCGGGGAACCCUCCGGAGGGUGAGCGACAAUGACACCUUCCUGCUUCUCCCCGAUAGCAACACGCCCGGCUAUGACCACAUCUUCGAUGAUGUCGACGAGAUCGAGAAUAUCGUGGCGCCCCAUAGCCGCAGGUUGAUCGAUCUGUACUUUCGGGUCGUGCACCCGGCCUUCCCCGUAAUUCAGAAGAACGUCUUCCUCGAAAAAUAUGAGCGAUCGCAUCGCGAAUUCUCGCCGCCGCUCCUUGCCGCUGUGUACAUAUUGGCCAUCAACUGGUGGGAGCACUCGGAAGAGUUGGCUGGUCUUCCCCGUCCCAACGUCCGCGAGCUUGAGAGGCUAGUCCGGACCACUCUUGCAGAUGCCAUGUAUCGACCGAAACUCUCGACGAUACAAGCUGGGUUGAUCCUUUCGCAGCGGCCCGAGGGCGACCAAUGGGCACCGACGGCGCAACUUGUUGCCGUCGGGCAAGAACUUGGCCUGCACUUGGAUUGCAGCCACUGGAAGAUCCCACCAUGGGAACGCGGGCUCCGGAAACGCCUGGCGUGGGCGUUGUAUAUGCAGGACAAAUGGGGCGCGCUUGUCCAUGGCCGACCGUCUCAUAUAUUCGCUUCCAAUUGGGCGGUCCAGUCCUUGAACCCGAACGACUUUCCGGACGUGGAAUGGGACGAUAACGAUGUCGAGGAGAGGCUGGAAAUUGAGCGCGGGCGAGUGUUGUUUGGGCAGAUGGUGCAGCUCUCGCAGAUCCUGGCCGAGAUCCUUGAAACCUUUUACACAUUGCAGGCUUCCCAUACCGCGGCCAACGCGGGGGCUCAAGCGACGCAACUCAUCCUCUCUCUUGCCAAACCGAUCCAACUUAAGCUGAAGGAGUGGUAUUCAGGUCUCCCGGCUGUCGUGAGGAUGGACUCCAAUUUUCAGAGCAGCCUCAACCAAUCCAGCCGUCUCUGCAGUAUAGGCUAUCUCCACCUCGCCUACUUUGCCACCGAAAUCACCCUCCACCGUCGCAUCAUCCGGUCCAUGGACGCUGCCACAACGUCGGCUGCUUCUGCGACCCCAGGCUCUUCCCCGGUCGCUACAGCCGGCGGUGUCGACCCUUAUAUCCAACAUAUCUGCCGCAGCGCCGCCAAAGCCCGCCUUAUCUCCGCCAUGGACUUUGUGAACCGACUCACGCCAUCCCACCUCCGUGCCUUUUGGUACUUCGCUUCCAAGACCAACUUUGCUCUUAUCGGCACGUUUGGCUCCCUGCUCUGGGCGACGUCCCCAGGGAGAGAAGAGGGAGAGUGGUAUCGACGAAGGUUAGGUGAAUACCGCUGGACACUGUCUGUGAGCUCCAAGCCCGGCGAGGGUAGGGGAUUAACCGAAUUCGCGAUGGGUAUGUUGGAUAUCUCGACGGGGCUGCUCAAAAAGCUUCCCGAGAAGCCCCUGCUGAGUCGGAGCACGAGCGCGGUGGAUAUCGACGCGGCAAGGAGGCAAAGUCUUUUAGCCCUUGGGGGAACAGGGGCUCCGGUCCGAGGAAGCGGCACUGGGGCUGGAGGAAGUGGAUUGAGUAUGGGUGGAUUCGGUAGCGGAAGUGGGAGCAUGAGCGGGAUAGAAUUUGGAAGAGCCCAUAGCACGGAGGCUAGCGGAAUGCAAAGUCCGCUGAGUGAGGAGAGCGAGAGCGAAGAAGAGGAGGGAUAUGGCAACUUUUCGGCCACGGCAGGUAUGGCUGGGCUCGGGGAGUAG